CUCAACAUGAGGAUAAUACUUCGUCACGUAAAGAGAUUGUUUUUUCCUUCUUUAUUUCUUAGCGGGCAGGACCUACCAAGGUUCAAAGUGCUUGAGAUGGACACAAAUGGAACACUUUAUCUCCACAAAACUUCAAUUCUGUGCAAGAGAGAGAUUGCCGAACGUCUUACUGAAGGGAAAUAUCAACUUGCUGAGCCGAACAAUUUAGGAUUGUCCAAAGAUUUCGCGGUGUUGACCUGUAAAACUCUGAAACAGAAAGUUCCCUCAGCCGAUUCAGGCGUCUAUUGGAUAGACCCGGAUGGUGGUUCCCAUGGUAACGCGUUCCAGGCUUACUGCGACCAGCAGACUGAAGGGGGAGGCUGGACACUAGUUUGGAGUUACACUUUUACAGAUUAUUCGAAUUUCCAGAAGGCAUCUAACGCUGUCACUCCGCGCCCAUCCUGGACAACAAGCAACGCUAACGUUCGAGUAUCCACAACAGUUCCAUUCAGCGAGACCCAUUAUGAGGCCAUGGACUUUUCUUUGUGGCUCAGCAUUGGUAAGGAAUUCCUGAUCAAGAGCAACAUCAACAACUGGAUCGCAUGUAAGGAAGGUUCUGGUAGCUUGGUGCAACAGAGGGACGGGACUGUAAGUUGCAAGCUGGUCAAACAACUCUCUGGACAGUGUUCUGGUGUAGUGCCGAACAGGGUUAAGUCAAGUAGUGCUGAAAAAACUCUUUUAAGCCGUAAUCAUUAUUACUAUUUUGAAGGUAACAGGAGUGAGGGUUGGCCAACACAUGACCCAUGUGGAAAUAAUCAAGCAAAUCAAUUGAAAGGUGUGGCAAACCCACAUGGAAAUAUUUUCAUUCGUUAAACUUGACCUAAAUGUU